AUGGAGAACGGCGAGGGAGGGGGAGGAGGAGGGGAGUACACCAAGGACGGCUCCGUCGACCUCCGCGGCAACCCCGUCCUCCGCUCCAAGCGCGGUGGCUGGACCGCCUGCACCUUCAUCGUCGUGUACGAGCUGUUCGAGCGAAUGGCGUACUACGGCGUGGCGGCGAACCUGGUCGUGUACCUGACGGAGCGGCUGCACCAGGGCACCGUCCAGGCCGCCAAUAACGUCACCAACUGGUCGGGCACCGUCUUCCUCACGCCGCUCCUCGGGGCCUUCCUCGCCGACGCCUACCUUGGCCGCUACUGGACCUUCGUCGCCGGCUCCGCCGUCUACCUACUGGGAAUGCUGCUGCUGACGCUGGCGGUCUCCGUGCCGGCACUGAAGCCGCCGCCCUGCGACCCCGGCGCCGGCGCCAGCGCCACCUGCCCACGCGCAUCCGCGCUGCAGCUGGGCGUCUACUUCGGCGGGCUGUACACCAUCGCGCUGGGACACGGUGGCACGAAGCCCAACAUCUCCACCAUCGGCGCCGACCAGUUCGACGACUUCCACCCGGCUGAGCGGCUGCGGAAGCUGUCCUUCUUCAACUGGUGGAUGUUCACCGUGUUCACGGGCAUCCUCUUCUCCACCACCGUGCUCGUCUACCUCCAGGACAGCGUGAGCUGGUCGUGGGGGUACGGCGUGCCCACGCUGGCGCUCGCGGCCUCGGUCGCCGUCUUCCUCGCCGGCACGCCGCUGUACCGGCACAAGCUACCGCAGGGCAGCCCGAUCACGAAAAUGGGCAAGGUGGUCUGCGCGGCCGUGUGGAAGUGCCGCGUUGCGGUUCCUGGGGACCUGACCGAGCUGCACGAACUGGAGCCCGAGCACUACACCAGCAAGAAGAGGUUUCGCGUGAACCCAACGAGCUCCAUGGGGUUCCUGAACAAAGCGGCGGUCAAGGUGGAGGAGGAGGACGCCUCCCCCUCCGGGUGGACGCCGCUGUGCACGGUGACUGAGGUGGAGGAGACGAAGCAGAUCGCGAAGCUGGUGCCGCUGCUGGCCACCAUGUUCGUGCCGUGCGCGCUGAUGGCGCAGGUGGGCACGCUCUUCGUGAAGCAGGGCGUGACGCUGGACCGCCACGUCGGGCGCGGCACGGGCACGUUCCGGGUUCCCCCCGCCAGCCUCGGCGCCGUCGUCACGCUGACGAUGCUCGUCUGCGUGGCGGUCUACGACCGCGCCCUCGUCCCCGCCGUCCGGAGGCGCACCAAGAACCCGCGCGGGAUCACGCUGCUGCAGCGCAUCGGCGCCGGGCUGGCCCUCCAGGUGGUGACGAUGGCGACCACGGCGGCGGUGGAGAGCCGGAGGCUGAGCUUCGCGAGGAGCCACGGCGCCACGGCCGGCGGCGAGCCGCUGCCGCUCACCAUCCUCGUCCUGCUCCCGCAGUUCGUGCUGAUGGGCGCCGCCGACGCGUUCCUGGUGGUGGGGCAGAUCGAGUUCUUCUACGACCAGGCCCCCGAGAGCAUGAAGAGCCUCGGCACGGCCAUGUCCCUGACGGCGUACGGCGUCGGCAGCAUGCUGAGCAGCGCCGUCCUGUCGGCCGUGGCGCGGGUGACGGCCGCCGGGAGGGGCACGCCAUGGGUGACCGACGACCUCAACGCGUCGCGCCUCGACCUCUACUACGCGUUCCUGGCCGCGCUGGCCGCCGCGAACCUGGCCGCGUUCGUGGCGCUGAGCUGCAGGUACUCGUACAGGGCGGAGUCCACGGAGGCCAUCGGCGUCACGGCCAGAGUGCACUCGGAGCCGGUGCCGGCGGUGGCGCCAUGA